AUGGCUCUCUUAUAUUUACUCCAGUCACCUGAAAAAGGACAAUUAAAUGUCACAAUUAGCGAUGAGAAGGAAUAUACAUUCAAUUAUCCAUGCGAAAGUUUAUUCGAAUGUACCCCAUAUAUUGUCACUUUCUCUCCAGGAUAUUACACUUUAGAGACCUGGGGAGCACAAGGUGGAAGCUACCAUAAUGGUAAUGGUGGGAAAGGUGGCUAUUCACGAGGAACAAUAUUUCUCAAACAAGCAACAAACGGUUUUCUCUAUAUCGGCGGACAAGGGACUGCCAAUCAUACUGAAGGCCCUCAAAAUGGCGGCUACAACGGAGGCGGACAUGGACAUUUUUCAUCACCUAGUUAUGGUUCAGGUGGAGGAGGAGGUACUGAUAUCAGACUCCUCUCUAACACACUCUAUCACCGCAUUAUAGUGUCAGGCGGUGGGGGAGGUUCUGGUUUUGGAUAUGCUUUUACAAAAAAUUAUUAUGCCACCCAUAACACAGGAGGAUAUGGAGGAGGAGAUAAAGGUGCAGACAGCACUACUAAUCCUAGUUACAGAGGAUUUGAAAGUUAUGGAGGGAAUCAAACUAAUCCAGGAGGUGUUAAUUUAGAGAAAGAAAAAACAAUUCCCACUGAAUUUGGAUUAGGAGGUUCAAAUACUGGUGGAGCAGGUGGAUAUUCCUCUCCUGGCGGCGGGGGAGGUUGGUAUGAAGGAGGAGCUCCUGGAGGAUUAGGUUUUGGAGCUGCUGGGGGCUCAGGUUACUUGCUCACUGAGAAUUCAUACAAACCUCCUGGUUAUAAAUUGGGUCCUGAUUAUUAUUUAACUAACACAUUAAGUUUAAACGAUACUAGAGCUGGAAAUGGGAUGAUUAAAAUAACAAUUGUUAAGCUAACUGGUUGGCAGAUCAAAAAUUGCAAAUUUUAUUGUUCCAAUUGUUUCUCAUUGAGUCCAGUAUUAUCAUAUGUAUUAUCAUUUGCCAUUUUAUUUGACUUUUCAUGA